CCGUGUUGAAUGGCACGGCUGACCCGAGGGCGCUUCUGAGAGGUAUAACCCUUGACAUUGACAGGGCAGCCCUCGAGGCCGAUGAUGACCAAUCCCUCGAGGACAGGAUCCUCCGGUCUUCCCUCACGACCUGCAUUGCCCUCGGGGAGCAGGCCCGACGGCUGGAGGAAUGGCGCCUCCACAAAGCUGGGCAAGACGCAAAGAUGAAGGAGCUAAUUCUCAAGGACUCCAAGGCCACGAAGCUGAUGGCCCAGCUUGAAGAGGACCUCCAGCUUGCGAGAGCGGAAGCCGGAAGGCUUAGGGAGGAGAAAGCCAAAGCUGAGGAGGCUGCUGCGGAGGCCGCAAGGAAAGCCGCCGAGGAGGCCGAGGCCAUCAGAGCGAAGGCUGUCGCCACAGCCCGGGAGGAGGCCAUCUCCGGGUUCCUGGAUGGGGGGUGGAAGGCC